AUGUCUAAUAAAUCAUCUAUGUUAACAAUAACAUUAGUUGAUUUAAAUAAAAUAGGAGGAGAAGGAGGCAGCAUAUUAGAAUUUGAUGUGAAAUUAUCAUUAAAUCAAGAUUCAAUAAAUUCUCA